AUGUUUACUUUUGUGUCAAUUGCUUGCCUUUCUAUAGGUGGAUAUACUGGAGAUAUCGCUUUAUCAGAUGCCGAAGCUGAUAACAUGAUCGAACGGUAUGGCGUUGUCGCCAAAAGACCGAUUCAAGAGUGGAUAGAACAUUCGGCGAAUUAUGAUCUCAAAACGUCUGAUAUGAGGGAUAGGCCUCAAUCGAAUUUCAACGCCAGGACUAAUGCAAUGACUAACCGGAGUUCUGAUAAGUUAGCUAAAAAUAGCCCCCGACAAAAGCCUCUACGCCUUAGCAAUAAGGGCACCCACGAGUUGCAAAAAGAACGAAGACGUCGUUUUCGCCGAACACGUCAAAGAAACAGAAAGGAGGCUGUGGAUAAUAAUGCCCCGUUGAGUCAGGAGAAAUAUCUUCGUCGAUUGAAACGAAUAACAGAGAAACAAAAUAAUCUCCAAUCAAAGCUAGCCUUAUUAACUCAAAGACAGCAAAAUCUCCUGAAACGCGUGAUGCUAUCGAGGGAGACGAAGACGUCUUUGAAUAGGCAACGAAGGAAUUUGAACGAAAGUCUAAAAACCCUCGAGGAGGUUGAUGAGGAGAAUCGAAUGGAAUUACGCAAUGAAGAUCAGCCAUUGAGGAGGAUAAGGCGAGCAGCUACGGCGUACAAGUCGAGGACCUGGCCUUAUGGUGUUAUUCCCUACGUGAUUCAAGCUAACUUCACAAGUGAAACCAAAGCCACUAUAAUGAAAGCCAUGCGACACUGGGAAAAUCACACCUGCUUGAGUUUUGUUGAACGCGAACCCCAACACAAAUCCUACAUCAUUUUCACGGUGAAACCCUGCGGUUGUUGUUCAUACGUCGGUCGUCGAAGUGAGGAUGAGCCGCAGGCGAUUUCGAUUGGAAAGAACUGUGACAAGAAGGGAAUUGUUAUCCAUGAAUUAGGUCACGUUAUUGGUUUUUGGCACGAACAUACCAGACCCGAUAGGGAUGAUCAUGUUGAAAUUCUACUUGAGAAUGUUGUUGAGGGCCAGGACUUCAACUUCAAGAAGAUGGAUUCCGGAGAGGUGAAUUCUUUACGCGAGCCCUACGAUUAUAGUUCAAUUAUGCACUACGCGAAAGGGACCUUCGCUAAGGCCAAUAAAGACGAGACCAUCCGCCCGAAAGCUUGCUGUCCUCGACCACCCAUUGGACAGAGAAUACAACUUAGUCCUGGUGAUGUUCGUCAAACUAACAAACUCUACGGCUGUCCAUCUUGCGGUCGAACACUCAUGGAGCCAACAGGAACAUUUGCUUCUCCCCAAAUGUCAUGGGUAGUCCACAACAGCCAGGAUUAUAACACCAUCUCAGUUCCAGAUAUCGAUUUCAAUUCUCCCGAUAUUCUCACCGAUCCUGCAUCAUUCUAUCACCCUCUUACCCACGAAUUGUCAAAUGCACAUAAACUAUCUGGCAUGGUUGGUGACCAUCAAGGCCGUAUGCUAUCUGACGAUAGUCGGUGGGCUAAAUUGUCUUCAAUCGCAGCCAAACUCAAUGAGCAUAACGCUGGACUUAAAAAUGGGGACUCAAAUUCUCAAACUUCCAUGGAAUUUGCAGCGAUGGGACCACUCUUCUGUCAGUGGAGGAUUAUUGGAGCUAUGGGUGAAAGAAUCCACCUCAACUUCACAUAUUUGGAUAUUUUCCAACAAUCAGAUGAUUUGAAAUCUGGGAAUGGAUUAACUCUAAGUCAAGCAUCCUCUCAACAUGCAUGCACUAAUGAUUACGUUGAAGUUCGAGAUGGUUACUACUCUGGAUCACCAUUGGUUGGCCGAUACUGUGGUAAGAAUCUUCCUCCAAUGAUUGUAUCGACAAAAUCCCGUUUAUGGAUUGAAUAUAGACGAUCUUCCGGUUCCGUCAGUAAUGGAUUUGUGGCAGAAUACCAAGCUGUUUGUGGAGGAGAAAUUGUACAAGAGGAAGGAAUUAUCACCAGCCCAAGUUAUCCCGAGUUCUACAAACCUAACAAGGAGUGCAUAUGGAAGAUUGUUGUUCCUACGGGGUUUUCAGUGGCUCUAACAUUCCAGUCUUUCGAUGUAAGCGGUUCCUCAUCUUACUAA